UAUAACAUCUGAGACAUCUUUCAAACAUUCUUCAAGGGUUAACUUGUCCUUCACUGUGUUGUAGUAUUUGGAAAAUCAGUAAUGGCUUCGUUGUCGCUAAAUUCAUUAAAACAGAUCAUGAGAGCGUUGGUGGAUAGUCCUGGAUUUGACCGGGUUUUAAGUAAGGUGGAGAUACUGUCUGCAUCCCCGGGUAAAGUGGUGUGUGAGCUGAAGGUGGAGGAGGAGCACACUAACAGAGGAGGCACUCUGCACGGAGGACUGACAGCCACACUGGUGGAUAUGAUCUCCACUACUGCCAUCAUGUACAGUGAAAGAGGAGCUCCCGGGGUCAGCGUGGACAUGAACAUAACAUACAUGAAUGCAGCUAAAAUUGGAGAUGAUGUCCUGAUCACUGCACAGGUUUUAAAACAAGGACGGACUUUGGCAUUUGCAACAGUAGAUCUCACCAACAAGGCGAACGGAAAACUCAUUGCUCAGGGAAGACACACCAAACACCUCGGCAGCUGAUUAUGUACAUGAUGUUAUUUAUAUAAUAAACUCCAGCAUAAAAAUGUUUGCACUGUGUUAGGAUAUGUUCAGCAGUGUUUAUUUCAAAAGAAUUAUUCAAACAACGGGUACAUCAAAAUAAAGACAAAGACCCACCUUCCCCUUCGGCGUGAA